UCCGUAUACCACCCAGCUCAGUCUCAGUGUGCCUUAAUUCCGUUACCAGAUGACUUUGUGUAUGAGAUCAAUCCUUUACCUCUAACCGAUACGAUCAGCCCAAAUGACUUUACUACUAUUCAAUCUGCAACAUCUGGAGAUUACAGUGCGAUCCAACUGAUCCUUAUAUCAAUUAAGAAGCCCUACACCGCUUCAAAUGGAAAGCAAAUAGUUUACAUUGUACUCGGUGACCGGACAGGCACUAUGAAUGGUGCAGUAUUCGACAAUGCCAUCACCCAGCUUCAUAUUGCAAAGUACCACCCUGGCGACUUACUUCAAUUCCGCAACGUAUCCAUCCGACCCAAUCAAAAACAAUACCAGCGCUGGGCGACAUCGCAGCUCCAAAUUAAAUUCAACAACAACUCGACAAUCGCCAAAGUGAACGGACAACCGCUACUAACGCCUCUUGCAGAGCUGGAAACCUACUUAAAACGCCCCGCUCUAACAAAAAGUCACGGUUUCAUGGCAUUUAUCGAUUCGGUUAUCUCAGCAAAAGAACAGCAAGGAGUUACUGUUCUUUCGGUAUUGGAUCACAGCAUUUCCGCCCCAAUACAAAUUGAAGUGGAGCUUCCAAUGGCGGAACUUUUCAAUACAUAUUAUGAAAAAAAAAUUUGCAUUUUCCAAAACCUUUCAAUUGAAAGCCGCAAACUGAGGUGCAAAAAUCAAGAAACAAUUAUUUGGAUCGAUACCGGAUCAGAGCCCGCACGUGCCCUCGUCAGCAACUUAAUCGCUGCGAAUUACAUUGACGAUUACAACUUCCUCGACCAUCCUUCUCCUGAAGAAAUACAACCAACUACCAGCAAAGACAAAUUCCCUUCUCGCACAUCUUCGACCAGCUCGACCGAAAAGAAAACACCGACGAAAGAAAACUCCAAGCAAACUAAAAAACGCAAACCGCGCUAUCCAAAAACAACAAAGAAACGAUAAAGUUUUCUACUUAUUUUGUACGGCAAAAUUAAUGUACAUAAAUGCUUUGUACGGUAAAUUAGUUUUCUCCUUAUUUUUUUCCAUA